CCGUUAUUCUGUACUUUGUUUAAUUUAUUAAAUACUGUUUCGCCGCACAUAGAUCCAGCCGCUAGCGCCCAUGCCUGCCACGGCCAACUAGCUUGAAGCCUCGUCUGUCCCAGAGCUUGUGUUGCCAAACUCGUCCAUCCCAGAGCCUAUAUUGCCAACCUUGUCCGUACAAGAGACUGCUUUGUCAACCUUGUCUGUCCCAGAGCCUGCGUUGCCAGCCUUGUCCGUCCCGGAGCCUGCGUUGCCAGCCUUGUCUAUCCCAGAGCCGGCACUGCCAACUUCGGCAGUCCAGAGGAGGAGGAGAAGGGCUUCUGUCUCCAAGUCUCUGCCCAUGUACAUGACAACAGAGGUCAUUUCCAAGUCUCAGCCCAUGUUCACGACUACAGAGGUCAUCUUUGAGUCUCUGCCCAUGUACACGACCACGGAGGUCGUUUCCGAGUCUCAGUCCAUGUUCACGACCACAGAGGUCAUAGCCGAUUCUCUGUCCACGACCACAGAGGUUGUUCCCGAGACUCUGUCCAUGCUCGCGACCACAGAGGUCGUUCUCGAGUCUCUGUCUACACCCACGACCACAGAGGUCGUACCUGAGUCUCUGUCUACGCCCAUGACCACAGAGGUCAUUCCCAAGUCUCAGUCCAUGCCCAUGACCAUAGAGGUCGUUCCUGAGUCUCUGUCCAUGCCCACAGAGGUCAUUCCCGAGUCUCUGUUCACGGUCAUUACCACAGAGGUCGCUCCCGAGACUCUGUUAUGUUCACGACCAUUGAGGUAAUUUCCCAAUCAUCCUGGACUCAGCAUCGGACCUGCCAUGGCUCUACCUUCAAUGGCUUAACACUUUGAGCCUGCCACAGCUACACUUCUACGAAUUCGCCCUUUGAGCCUGCCACGGCUCCACUUCUACGGCUUCGCCCCUCGAGCCUGCCAUGGUUCCAUCUUCUACAGCUUCGCCCCUUGAGCCUGCCGCAGCACCUUCUUUGGCUUCGCCCCUUGAGCCUUCCAUGGCUUCGCCACUCGAGCCUCCCACGGCUCCGUCUGCAAUGACUUUGCCCCUUGAGCCUCCCACGGCUCUGCCUGUCAACCAGGCCUCCUGAUCCAGUCCCUAUCCAGAGGUGGUCUCCUGGCCAACCGCCUGAUCUGCUCUGAUCUCCUGGAUCUCCUGGCCGUCUGCCUGAUCUACUCUGGUUUCCCUGGUCUCAUCGCUGUCUGCCUGAUCUGCUCUGGUCCUCUGGGUGUCCUGACCAUCCGCCUGAUCUGCUAUGGUCUCCUGGUCAUCCACCUGAUCUGCUCUGACAUUAUGGGUAUCCUGACCGUCCGCCUCAUCUGCUCUGGUCUCUUUGGUUGCCUGGCCAUCAACCUGAUAUGCUCUGUUUUCUGGCCAUCGAAAACGGCCCCCACAAAACAGUUCAAAAAUAGAGUAUUUGUCCACUUACCAAGUAUAUUAUGCCACUUUAUACCUGAGUGGUCCCAGACACCAGGGGAGUGUACAGCAGUGGGCAUGGCAGUCAAUAAACAUAGUAUUUGUCAACUUACCAAGUAUAUUAUGCCACUUCAUCCCAAAACAAAGGAAGAUACCAUGUGCAAUGUAUUUAAUGGCCACUAAAGACUAUGUUUAUGGACAUUUAAUUUAAAUAAAAUUUAAUUAUUAUUUAAAAUAACUAUUAUUGUUUGAAACACCUGUUUUGGAUAUACAAAUGAAAAAUAUACAUAACUUAAUUCAAAAUGAUGUAUAAAAAGCAUAAAACAGGAUUGACCACAAUGAAUAUAUUUGGAUACGAUUGAAUACAUUGCAGAUGGGACCUCCCUGUAUGACUUGAUGUCCUGAGGACUUGAUUUCCACUAACCAUGUCUUUGACAUAAAUUCAGUUAAUUGUGAGUUGGUCCCUUGUGUAAUGUAUUUAAUGGAUUCUGAAUACCUGGUUCAUGGACAUACAUUUUUAUGAGGUCAAAAGACAUUUAGGUGACUAUGACUC